GGAGCAGGAAAAAGGCAUUUUGUUUUGAAAACACUUUAGCAUCCCAGAAGUCAAGAUAGUGAAGUCAAAAGUACGAUCCAACGGCUGAGAACUCAUCAAAAUCUCACACAACUACAACACGAUAUAACCUUUAUUUUAUCGAAAACAAAAUAAAAAUCCGUAAAGCAUCAUAAAAGAAAAAGAAAAUUAAGAGAAAAGAAAAAGAAACAAUUUUUUAAUUUUUUUCUCUCUAUCUUAAAAAAAGAAAGUAAUGGAACCUAACGAAAGGCACCACCACCACCACCACCACCAAGAGCAUCAUCUCACUUCUCCUUACUACCACCCUUUCCACCACCACACUCCCACCACCGUCUCCGCCGCACCCUCCGACAAUGGUAAUUUUCCACCACCACCUAACGAUGGAUCUUCUUCUUCCUACCAUCACUCCGCGCCGUCUUCAGCUCCGAUUGAGCCAGUCAAGAGAAAGAGAGGUCGUCCCAGGAAGUACGACACGCCUGCUCAAGCCUUAGCCGCUAAGAAGUUAGCUUCUUCCGCUAGCAGUUCCUCCGCCAGAGAAAAGAGAGAGCAAACCGCCGCCGCCGCCGGCGUUUCGCCUCCGUCUAAACCCGGUUCGAAAAAGUCACUUUCGGGCUCUUCCGGGAAAAGUGGACAGAGUUUUACUCCGCACAUUGUUAAUAUAACUCCCGGUGAGGAUGUGGCUCAGAAGAUUAUCCAUUUCGCCGAGCAAAGCAAGCAUGAGUUAUGCAUUCUCUCUGCAUCUGGCACCAUCUCUGAUGCAUCCUUGUCUCACCUCGCUACAGGAACCAGUGCAUCUUAUCAGGGUCAGUACGAAAUCCUCUCACUGAGUGGAUCUUAUAUUCGGGGAGAGCAUGGUGGUAAAACUGGUGGCCUUAGCGUUUGUUUAUCUAGUUCAGAUGGUCAGAUCGUUGGUGGAGGUGUUGGGGGACUCUUAAAGGCUGCUGGUCCAGUUCAGGUGAUUCUUGGUACGUUUCAGCUAGAGAGGAAGAAGGAUGGGAGAAACGGUGUGAAAGGAGAUGAUGCUUCUGGAAGUGGAGACUUGUUACCUUCUUCUCCCUCUGGCGCAGAAUCUUUGCAUGGCUACCGUCCUGUUAUGGAACCUUCUGGAAGAAACUCAAACGAUGAGCAUUGUACUAUGACUAGUGGUGGAGCUCAUUUCAUGAUGCAACCACCUCGGGGCAUGCACAUGACACAUGCUCGGUCUUCAGAAUGGGACGGUGCUGGCUAUGAUUUGUCAGGGAUGAGAGGAAAUGGGUCAUUAGAAAAUGGAGAGUAUAAAUGGGCAGAUUAGUAGUACUGAUUCAAGUUUCUGAAGAAAGUGUGUAGAUGUUUGAGCAUGAAUCAAGGUGAGAGUGGACUUAUCAUCAUAUAAUGUCUGAAGGAUUUUUUCAUUGCAAAGGCAGAGGGAAAGAGAGAGAGAUCAGAGAAGACAGUGAUGCUUUUGUUCUUAGUUCAUUGUAAUACUGGAGUAACUUCACAUCCCCUUUUCUGGAGUCAUUUUCAUCUUUUUGGUUAUUUUCUUCCUAUAGUCAGUUGUUUUUUUUUUUGUGAAUUUUAGAAAUAUAGACAUUUUCUUUUGAUAAUGGGCUUUUAUGUUA